GUCAGGGUUCUUAAAGGACCAUAACAUUUCUCAUCUCCUAGCAAGAAGUCUAGGGUUCCAAAAUCGCAGCGAGGAGAAGUUCAGUGGAAUAGGAAGGAGGCAAAGCAAUGGCGAGGAUUAAGGUUCAUGAACUCAGAGAUAAGUCUAAGACUGAUUUAUUGAACCAGUUGAAGGAUCUGAAAGCUGAACUAGCUUUACUCCGUGUUGCUAAGGUUACUGGUGGAGCUCCAAACAAGCUCUCUAAGAUCAAGGUGGUAAGGUUGUCGAUUGCACAAGUUUUGACCGUGAUUUCUCAAAAACAGAAGUCUGCAUUGAGGGAUGCUUACAAGGGUAAGAAGUUUUUGCCACUUGAUCUUCGUCCUAAGAAGACUAGAGCUAUCAGGAGACGUCUUACCAAACAUCAGCUGUCACUGAAAACUGAAAGAGAGAAGAAGAAGGAGAUGUACUUCCCAAUGAGAAAGUAUGCAAUCAAGGUGUAGGUUUAGCAAAUCUGCUGGCGGAGAAUUUUGUGUUAUCUCUUUUAUCUCCUUCCCUAGAUAUUGUUCUUAGAUUUGACUCCAUGGCUUGUUAUGUUUGGAAGUAUUUUGUACUUGUCCAUCUAUUUUGGUUUUAGGCACCGUAUACAAUGAAUACCAGGGUAUUUGAAUCUUUAUGGCUCUUUUAAGGCUCCCUUUUUUAAACUUUAUUCUUUAAUUCCAUUGUAUGUUAGAUC